AAUAUGGAUCUGGUCCGCUUUGCAGCUCUAACAGCUUCCACUCUUCUGGGAAGCUUCCACAAGAUUUUUGGAGAGAGUCUGAUGUCUGGGGGAAUUCUUGCCCUUGGGCUCUGUAGCCUAAUAGCUAAACCAAUGCUAAGUUAGCCAAUCGAGCUACAUAUCCGAACGCCUCUGAACAGGUUUAACUUUGCCUCUCUGUCUCUUCUGCUGGACUUCCUCGGAGCUGGAUCGUUAUCAUCUAAACUCGUGCCGGUGCUUUUAGUUCAGCCAGAGUCCAGCAUUCGGUGUGCUCUAGCUAAGCUAAUAGCUAAGGCUAACCAGCGCCACUCUCCUGAUGGUCUGACAUUCAUUGAAUAGUGCAACAUCGCGUUGAUCUGGUGGUUCCUGUAACGAGGCGGCCGAAAAGCGUCCUUCUUCUCGUGUGUCACGUGAGACACUUUAGAGCAGGGCGUCAAACUCAACCAGGAAAAGGGCCGUAUUGGAAAAUCUCAUCGAAUCUGUGGGCCGGAGAAAAAAUGUGAAGUUCAUUUGUAAUCGAUGUUGCGCUACAACCAGAACCGGACGCUGUUUAUUCACAAUGCGCCAAAACGUCAGCAGUAAAAUACAGGCACUGAAAUAUUACAUGAAUACUUGAAAUAUUCCAAGUUUAACCCUUGGACUCGUCCCCCGGCAUCCCUUCUUAGCUGCGCGUUCAUUAAGAUUGGGCUCAGUGUCUGAGCUGCUGAGCUGACGUUCAGUGUUAACGUUGGUUGACCUGCAGCUGAGGUGCAUUCUGGUGAUGUGACUGGUGUGGAAUUGAGGUGUAACUGCUGUCCCAUAGACUGUUUUUGGGGUAGGAGAGUCAGAGCACAUCACACCACAGUGCUUGCUGGGGGCUGUAGUGCAGCGCGCUGUGAAACAGGUUGAUAUUAAUAGAAACUGAAAAUGCUAGGCUUGUGAGGUGGGCCGGGUCAGGCCCACAGGCCUUGUGUCAUGAGUGUCAUGAGGAGGCGCUAUUUUUUGGUGAAACUGCAGGUUGCACGAAUUGAAAACCAGGGAACGCGAAGAAAUGAAGGCGAGCGGUGAAGUAAAACAGCUGAUUCGUUUUAAAAGACUUAAGAGAAUAAAAUCAGGUUUUACUCAGAUUCCACGGCACGGAGCCACUUUUGGGCUGCGAGGAGAAAAGUGCAGUGGAUGUUUGUGAAUGACAAGAAAUAACAACAAAGAGCAACCUAAACUUUAUACAGUAGAAGUUUAAACUGUAAAUACAGUAAAAUUAGCUUUAAAAACCCCCAAAAAAAUCCCUAAAGAAAGAAUGAAAUCAGCAUUUAUCUCACUGAGACGGCAGGGGGCGGCCUAUUCAAGAAACCUGCAGUGAUUUGGCUCCAUCUGGUGGUCAAUACUGCACACUGCAGUAAAGCCGGACAACACAAGCCAAAAUGAACAAACCCUUACUGCAGGUGCCACGUUUGAAAAGAUUCACAAUAAAAAAAACAAACAAACUCAGCUUUUACGCCAAUAUCUCCGCGUUUUUGUUACAGGCGACGUCUGUCUGUCCGUCUGUGCACAGUAGCUCUCCCUCCCUCACUAGGAGCGAGUCCAUCACCGUCCACUGAGCCAAUCGUGGCUUGUCCAGCAGCGGGAGAUCCGAGUCUGCACUAUAAAGCCCGGCGGAGAGGAGCCGAAGCCCCUUCAGACUCUCUGCGCUCCGGUGCGUAAAAGUGGCCUCUGAGCAAAAAGGAAGGACAUGAAGGCGCUCCUCCUCCUCGUCGUCUCCCUCUUGACCCUGCUGACCCUCGCACGGGGUCAGAGUCAGAGUCCCACGGCCGCGGAGGACGGCGAGCAGUGCUCCACGUGCGAGUCGAGGCAGCAGAGCAAGCUGAUGCGCCUGCGCUCCAUCAAGGCGCAGAUCCUGAGCCUGCUGCGCCUCGAGCAGGCGCCCAACGUCAGCAGGGAGGCCGUGAGGCAGCUGCUGCCCAGGGCGUCGCCGCUGCUCGAGCUGCUGAGCCAGUACGAGCAGAAAGGAGGAGUGGCCGACGACGACGAGGAGCAGGCCACCACCGAGACCAUCAUCGCCGUGGCCACGGAACCGCAAGGCGCUGCACAGGGAAAUAGCGCGCCGCGCUGCUGCCUGUUCUCCCUGAGCCCGAAGAUCCUGCCAGACAAAAUCGUGAAGGCCCAGUUGUGGUUCCGUCUGCGAGUGGGCCACGAUGCCACCACCGUGUCCAUGCAGCUGUCUCGCCUUAGCAGCCGCUCCAGCAUCCGCUCGCUGCGCCUCUCCGUGAACGCGCAGACCAACCCGUGGCAAAGCAUCGACAUAAAGCAGUCGCUGCAGGCCUGGCUCGAGCGGCCCGAGAGCAACUUCGGCAUCGAGAUCAAGGCCGUGGACGCCGACGGGAAGGACUUGGCCGUCACUUCUGCCGAAUCAGGAGAGGAGGGCCUCCAACCCUUCCUCGAAGUGAAGAUAGCAGAGAGCCCGAAGCGCUCCAGGCGGGACUCGGGCCUGGACUGCGACGAGCGCUCCUCGGAGUCCCGCUGCUGCCGCUAUCCCCUCACCGUGGACUUCGAGGACUUCGGCUGGGACUGGAUCAUUGCGCCCAAGCGCUACAAGGCCAACUACUGCUCCGGCGAAUGUGAGCAGGUGCACCUGCAGAAGUAUCCGCACACGCACCUGGUAAACAAGGCCAACCCUCGCGGCACCGCGGGACCCUGCUGCACGCCCACCAAGAUGUCGCCCAUCAACAUGCUCUACUUCAACCACCGCGAGCAAAUCAUCUACGGCAAAAUCCCCUCCAUGGUCGUGGACCUCUGCGGCUGCUCUUGAGCGCAGCGGUGGCGCCGGGAAUGUUUCGUAGUGCGUGCUUUGGGCUAGCUGAACUGUGUAGAGCACGGCAGAUCUCAAGGCCUUGGGCCAAAAUAGAAGUUUGGCCCCUCCUCCCCCAGAACCCAACCCCCACCCCCUCCCCCGCCCCCCCAAAACAAACAUGCCUCAGACCAAUGAACUCGAAUACUUGUAAAUUACACAUCAAAUUACAGUGAUGUGGCGUAAACUUUGGACGUCCAACAUAAUUAGUGAUUGAAAUAAUUAAUUUUUUACAAUUACAUGGUUUUUGGAAGCAGUGCCACCUAUUGGUAAACGAAUGGCACAGCAUCAACGCUUGAUGGAUCAACCAGAUCCGCUGUCAGUGAUAAGUUGGAUAACGGAAUAUAAACUAGGUUGAACUACUUACAUGAUUUUGGUUAUUAUUUUUUAUGACUAGGUUUGGGCCAUCCGCAAGCUAUGACGUGGCUAGCUUUAUUUAGCUGCUCAGUCACCACCAUCUGACCACCUCCUUGUUUCUACGCUCACUGUCCAUUUUAUCAGCUCCAUACAUUUACGGCAUUUGGCUGACGCUCUUAUCCAGAGCGACUUACAAUUUGAUCAUUUUACACAGGGAGGCCAAGGCGGUGUUAGGAGUCUUGCCCAAGGACUCUAUUGGUAUGGAUUGGUAUAUGCUUGCCCUGGUCAGGGAUUGAACCCCAGUCUGCAGCGUAGAAGGUAGAAGUGUUAACCACUAAACUAACCAACCACCUUACUCCACUUACAGUAAGCUGGUGGUGUAUUAGACACAGCAGUGCUUCUGGAGUUUUUAAACACUGUGUCCACUCACUGUCCACUCGUCUGCUGCUGCACAGUUUGUGUUGGUCAUCCUCUAGUCCUUCAUCAGACACAGGACGCUGCCCA